GGAUACGGACAAGUUUCACGGCUCCAGGAUGGAGGGGUUCCUGUCCACGUUUCCCCCGAUCAACGUCUACGGCAAUGCGGUCUGCGGCCCCCCGGCUCUGGGGUGGGGAAAGCGGGAGGGCCGCUUCAUGACGCCCCAGGGCCUCAACUACCUGGAGCUCUGCAAAGCCAUCCUGGCCCAGGUCAACCCCAGUCUGCCGCCUCCACCCAAGAAAGCGAGCACCAAGGAGUGCGGCGUGCAGGUCAACGCCAAGGUGGACAAAACCGUGCAGUGCUCGCUGGGUCCCAAGACGCUGUUCGGCCUGGACGGCGACCACCCCGAGGCCCCCAAGUGCCCCGGGAGCCCGGAGCGUCACAGAGCGGACGCGAAGGCGCCGUGCAACACGCCGCCGGUCGGCAACCUGCGCUUCCUGCGGCCCGUCUCCAUCUACUCGCCGGUGUUCGACCGCAGGGUUUUCUUCAAGAAGCUCCACGACGGCGCCGAAAUCAAGGCCGAGGACGAAGCCGGCGAGCGGGAGGAGUCCGACGAGGAGGCGGAUUAUAGCGACGCGGCCAAGGGCUUCAAGACCACCUUCCACCAGGCGUCACGGGGGUCCAAGUUCCAGUUCUUGGAGCAGCGCUAUGGCUUUUUCCACUGCAAAAAGUGCAACAUCCGGUGGGAGAGUGCUUAUGUUUGGUGCAUCUCUGGUACGAGCAAGGUGUAUUACAAGCAGCUCUGCCGGAAGUGUCAGGUGGGGUUUAAUCCCUACAGAGUGGAGCCGAUCCUCUGCAAGGGUUGCUCUCAGACCUGCUGCAGCUGCGAGAAGAAGCAGAGGCACAUCAACAUGAAGAGGCCUCACCGCCAGGACCUGUGCUGCCGCUGCAAAGGCAUGAGGCUGUCCUGCGACGCCACCUACAGCUUCAAAUACAUCGUCUGAGGCGUCGCCACCUCCCGACACCUAUAAAGGCCCGUACACUGAAACAGAAGUUGCCUCCAGCGGUGGACCUGGUUAGAGACGAGUUUAUUCUCCAACCAGCAAGUUGAAGAGGGGGUGAAUCUCUGCCUCGAUUGUUUGAGGCGACUUCUUAUAACUGUUUUCCUCACAAUUCUGGUGCUUGGCUGUAAAUUAAAACUAUUUUUGUAAGAUGGAAUAAAGGUAAUUAAAUGCUGCAUUUAAAAA